AUGCCUUUCACUCUCUGCCAUCCGUCACUGUUCUUGAACCCGGCAGCUCAAGAAGAUAAGCAAACAGAUAACAAAAAACUGAUCAGAACCACACCACAUGAACCACUAUCAACGAAUCUGAGAUAUCUUGCUUUGAGUUUUCGAGAGGAAUCCAAGAAGUUGGUGGCAAAGCCACAGAUUACGGAAGAGAAGCAGGAGCAGGAAACAGUGGAAUCAGCCAAAGCGUUGAAGCCAAAGCAUCGAGAUUCCCAUCCACUACACUCCUCGCGUUCUCCGCCUCCUCACAAGGAAAAGCGUCCACUGCACGUUCCGCGUCCGGUCAUGAACCAGGUGGUCUCUCUCCCUAAACUUGAGUCCCCAUCCAAUGGUCCUGCUCGGACCUCUUUUGAUGGACGUCCAUCCUCGCAUGGUGAUGAUUCCCGCCCUCUCCCGAUUCCAGUGAUCUCGCUCACCACACCCAACGAAGGAAACGAGUCAUUGUGCGAGGCCGCACUUCGCCCAUUGAGCUCCAUUCGUGUUGGUCACCCUCUUCCGCCGCCUGGUCGAGCGACUGUGACUGUGCUCGUCACGAACACGGACGAGAACGGCCGCAGCACCAGCACAACAAGCACGAGUGAGACGACUCCCCGUUCACUUUCUACUGAUUGGGUUGCUCGUCCUUUCACCCCCCCACCUCGAAAGCUGAUUGCUAACACGCAGCAUGGAGGUCAGCCAAUGCCCGGCUAUCAUGCUCCAAUGCCGGUGGUUGAUCAGCAGUUCCGUCAGAACAAUCCUCCCACCACCACUGCCCAUCCUUUCAUGCCUGCCCGAGACAAUCGAAGCCCCUUCCUAGGAAACCAGGCACCCACACCCUUCGUCAAUAUGACGCCGAGACACCCCUCUUUCCCCAACAAUCAUGGCCAGAACAGCUUCCAACCCGUUCAACCAGCCUGCGCACAACCUUACCGUCCCCAGGCCUCCCGGAACACUCAACCCUUCGCAGAACAUCCUCCUCCAGCUCGUAUGGUCCCACGUCCUGCUUCCCACUUUCCUCCUUCCAAUCAGGCUCCCCCAAGUCGAGUCCAUACUUCCGAAGCACCUCCAGAUUUCCGAAUGCUCAAUUCCAUUCCCAUACGCUUCAACCCUUACCUUAAGGAUGCCUCGGCUCGGGUCCACUCGACCUAA